AACCCAUAAUUAUAUAUGGUUAUUGACCGUUUGAUAAUAUCUGUCGGUGCCGUGACUGUUGCGGAUGAUACGAGUGAUAUUCAACUCAGGAUCGAUAAAACCCUAAACCCCAGUGAAAGUCAAAGGCCACCGCAACGUGUUAGCAGCGCAGCUGCUGACCCAAAGGCGGGAGAUGAAAAAUCAAAGAUUUCUGUCUGCGGAGCGUUAAAGAAAAGAGAAAGUCCAUCUGUGGCGAUGGCCAUGGACUUCACCUCUUCAACUCAGAGAAGCUCAUCAAGAAGAGGGGCGAGCCAUUCCCGAUUUCGAUUUUAUAGAGACUUGGCUUCACCCGUGAAGAUUGAUUUUUCCUCGCACCCGCAGAACUCUCCAUUUUCUGGGUCAUGGCUCGACGGUCCUCCGCCUCCUCCUACGCGCUGUCUCGACGAUCAGGUCGAAGACGCUUCGCCCACAGCUCACCAGUUGAAAACUCCACCGCCAAAGACGAACGUCUCGGCUUCUGCCGCCGCCUCCUCGUCGGUUUCCUUCAGAAGAAGCACUCCGCCGGAUGAAGCAGGCUCCUUUGGACGAGGUUUCAGCUUCCAAACGCCCGGGAAUCCGAUCCGCAGGUCUCCCCUCUUUCCUGAAGGAGAUAAGGAGAAUGAAAGCCCCCAAAAUGAUAGGUUGCAGCAGGAGCCCCGCGGUUUACUGGAGCUCCCACCACUUGAAGAAGCGGAGCGCCCUCACAGCCAGACAAACGGAGCGGUGGACGGGCAGUGCUGGGUUACUGUUUACGGAUUUAGUCCGCAAGACACAAAUUUAGUGCUGCGUGAGUUCGAAAAAUGUGGAACAAUCUUGAAACAUGUUUCAGGACCGGAAGGUGCCAACUUUGUGCAUAUUUUAUAUGAGAACAUCUAUGAUGCACAAAAAGCUCUUCAAAAGAAUGGCGCACAAAUCAGUUCGUCACUGAUGGUAGGAGUGAAACCUAUGGAUUCAUUUCAAAGCCAAACCUUUACUGAAAAAGCAAAGACUGGAUUCAUGGUAUUGCCACCUCGAUCACCUGGAAAAGCUGCAGCAUCAACCUUAGUUACAAAAGCAUCAUCUCGACCUUACUAUCUGCAACAAUCGAACGAGAGAGGCCAACGCUUUUCAGGAGCAAUAGCUUCGCCUUCCAAAUCAACUAUAUUAAGAAUAGUUGAUUUGAUAUUUGGUGUAUGAUGUAUUACUUGUACUAUAAAUGGAGGUAAAAAGACUCGAUGUGGAAGAUGCUAUGCGGUUCUCUUCAUAGCAUUUACUGGGAAUGUAAUUCCAAUACAAUAAAUCACAGUUAUUCAUCCUGUUACUGACA